AUGAAAAUCAGAAAAUCAUUGCUGUCACAAGACAUAAAUCUCAAUGAGCCAAAUGAAAAUUUAUUGAAAGACAAAGAAGGACUUGAAGUGUCAAAAAAGACAGAUUUUGGACAACUCAAAUUAGGAGGGAGCAAAAGUAUGGAAAUCUGGAUAGAGAACAAAGGGGAAACAGAGCAUUCUUUAAUUAGCUGCAAAUUAUGUGGCUGGGAUAAAGAGAAGCAGUUCUGUCUUCAGUUGUCAGAAAAGAACCAGAUGUGCUGGAAAACAGCUUCAGCAUUGACUGUCCCUGAUGGAGCUGCUACUUCAGGUAAAUUCACGUGCCUAAGCAAUAUUGGAGAUUCUAAUAAUUCUACAAUUGGACAAUCUGAAAGUGUAACAUGUGAAAAACAAGGAGAAGAAAUCAGAAGACAUAACAGAAGCAUAUCUCUAUCUUCUGGGAGCAAGACUUCUAUAACAGUUGUAUGCACUGCAAAAAAUCCUGGCCGCUGCAAAGAACUUUUGUUGCUGUGUUUUUCUGACUGCAUUAUUGGUCGGUACCUUGAAGUAACUAUAGUAGCGGAAGAAGAGUUGUUGAUAGAAGCUACUGAGAAGUAUUCUCAGAGAAAAUGUAAAGUCAGUUCUGAAUUCCAGAUCGCAAAAGCAACAGAGGUUUUGCCACAAUUGAAAAGAAAGUCAAGGAGACAGCUGCCAAGCUUCCUUCCACAGUACAAUAUUCCAGACAAAAUAAGAGAAUGUGUGGAAAAGAAAUCGGAUAUAUUGAUUUUUUAUCCAGAUCUUGGAGAGGGUUUAACUUUUCUUAAUUAUAAGACAAACUUUUCUACUCUUUUGUGGCUUGAAGAAAUGAAUUCAGAGGCAGAACUGAAGGAGUUUACCAUGUGUGGGGUCACUUUGAAAAAAAAUGGAAAUUUCUUAGUACUUGAAGUGCCAGGGAUCAUAGAGGGCCGUCCUUCAUUAUUCCUUGGUGACAAAGUGAUACUGAAGACUCAAGACUAUUUAGAGGAGGCGAUCCACUUUGCUGCAUAUAUUGCUGAGCACAGGAUAACAACCAGGAGAUGCCAUCAUGCAUUAGAACAAGCCAUCCAUUUAGGAGCAAAGGUUUUGUUUCCUGAUGUUCUUACUAUGCAAUCACCACAAAUCAUUAAGCAGCAGCAUGAGUCAGAAUAUUCUUACAGCAUUCCAAAACAAAGUGUUACGCAAGAAUCUAAAGAAGAAAGGAUAAAAAUGGAAAAAGGAAUGCCAAAAAAUGAAAAAGCAGUUGUUGUUUCUGAUACUGAUACUACAGCCACACAAAGAAUUAAUAGAAUUCCAACUUGGAAUACACAACACUGUGACUUUUUCAAUCCUCUGCUGAAUGAGCAUCAGAAACUUGCAGUUAAAAGGAUUCUUAGUGGUGAAUGUCGUCCAACUCCUUAUAUCCUAUUUGGGCCACCAGGAACUGGCAAAACUGUCACAAUUAUUGAAGCAAUUUUGCAGAUAUAUUAUAGUUUACCAAGCAGCCGAAUACUAGUCUGUGCACCAUCAAACAGCGCUACAGAUCUUAUUUGUUUACGACUUCAUGACAGCAAGUUGUUAAGACCAGGAGUUAUGGUCAGAGUUAAUGCAGUCAACAGAAAUGAAGAGAGUCUUAAUGAGGUAAUAAAGUGUUACUGCAAAGCUGGAGAAGAUAUUCACGAAGCAUCUCAGUUUCGAAUAAUUAUUGUGACCUGCAGCAGUGCAGGAAUGUUCUAUCAGAUAGGAAUAAGGUGUGGACAUUUCACGCAUGUAUUUGUGGAUGAAGCAGGGCAGGCAAGUGAACCAGAAAGCCUGAUCCCUCUGGGAUUGAUUUCAGAAGACACUGGGCAAAUCAUACUUUCAGGGGAUCCCAUGCAACUAGGUCCAAUAAUAAAAUCUAAGAUUGCAAUGCUUUAUGGAUUAAACAUCUCUUUGUUGGAGAGGCUGAUGCAUCGCCCUUUGUACCUGCGAGAUGAUGAUACUUUUGGUCCCUGUGGAUCAUAUAAUCCUCUGUUGAUUACAAAGCUUGUGAAGAAUUACAGAUCACAUGGUGCAUUGCUUACGUUGCCAUCUAAGCUAUUUUAUCAUAAGGAACUGGAAGUCUGUGCUGAUCCUUCGGUGGUUAACUCUUUGUUGGGGUGGGACAAGCUGCCAAAGAAAGGCUUUCCACUGAUUUUUCAUGGAAUGAGGGGUAUGGAAAUGCGUGAAGGCUGCAAUCCUUCUUGGUUCAAUCCUACAGAAGCAGUUCAAGUGAUGCGCUACUGUUGCCUUCUUGUUAAAGGCAUCAACAGUUCAGUGUCGGAAAAGGACAUUGGAGUAGUUGCACCUUAUCGAAAGCAGGUAGAAAAAAUCACCAUUCUCUUACGCAACGUGGAUCUAUCAGAUAUUAAAGUUGGCUCAGUAGAGGAGUUUCAGGGACAAGAAUUCUCAGUGAUCAUCAUAUCAGCAGUUCGGUCAAAUGAAACUCUACUUACCGAUGAAAGACCCUUUUUAGGUUUUCUUGCUAAUUCAAAGCGCUUUAAUGUAGCAAUUACCAGACCCAAGGCUUUGCUCAUUGUUGUGGGAAAUCCUCAUGUGCUUGCCAAAGAUCCCUGCUUUAAUGCUCUGUUGGAGUACAGUCUAAUGAAUGAUGUUUACAUUGGCUGUGACUUGCCUCAAGAAUUUGAAAAUCAGACAAAGUGCAGUUAAAUAGAAGUACCUCCAGACCACUUUUCCAGACUGUGACUUUAUUUCCUUUAAAGAAAUACACAAAAAUUUGUUUUCUUGGUUGUUUAAAAGAAUAUAC